AAUGUCACGUAGGCUGGCGAGACGAGUCAAUAAAUUGAUUGAAGUUGAGGUGAGGAUUUGCAGUAUUUUUACUCUGGUAGGGUAGGAGGGUCAGAUUUUUAAGAGGAAAAAUGCAAGUGUUUAUCGUAUUUGUGGUGUUGGUGGGGUCAGUAGUGGCGAGACCAUCGAUAAUUGAGGGGCAAGAUGGGAAGCGUCUCAUUAAAAUGAGCGUAUCAGAUGAGGGAUCUUGGCUAGGGGAAGAUGAGAUUUUUGGGUUGAUUAAAAAUAACGUGAAUUUUGUGGAUGUGACGAGCAGUAAAUUUCCAAAUGGUGUUAAUAGAAGCAUAGUUUCUGAAGCUGUGAUUCCGGGGAAUUUGAGAUUUGUGGAUGUUGUGCUGAAUGCGAUCAAAAAUGUGAACAUUGAUCGAAUGGUAACGUUUGUGGAUCGUUUCGACAAUUUUCCUAACCGAUACUUCAACAGCCAGAAUGGCGUGGAUGCCGCGGACUGGCUGGAGAUGAUUGUGAAGGUUGCAGCCACCGAUAAGGAGUACGGGGGACGAAUUACGGUUACAAAGUUCAGUCACAGCUGGCCGCAAAAUAGCAUAAUUGCCAGGAUUGAGGGCUCUGAUCCAUUGCUUAAAGAAGAAGUCGUAAUUUUUGGCGCGCACUUUGAUUCGAUAAACAGGGACGAUCCGACCGAAGGAAUCGCGCCAGGGUCAGAUGACAAUGGGAGCGGGAGUGUGACCUUGUUUGAAUCUUUGAGGGUGCUGAUUGAGUCGAAGAUCGUGCCGAAGAGGUCGAUCGAGUUUCAGUGGUAUGCUGCCGAGGAGGUCGGAUUGAGAGGGUCGGGCGAUAUUGCGGAGGCUUAUUAUACUCAGGGAGUCAAGAUCGUGGCAAUGGUGAACUAUGAUGUGGUCGGAUAUCGCGCAGGCGCAACUCAGAUUGGACUUCUGACCGACAACACGUCACCCGCUUUAACGGGCCUCCUACGCCUAGUGAUCGAAAAGUACUGCGCUAUCCCCUGGAUUAACCAUCAGUGCGGGUAUGACUGCUCAGACCACGCCUCCUUCACACGGCACGGCUUCCCGGCAGCGUCUCCGUCAGAAUAUCCAAUUCAUCCGAGUAUGCACACGAUCGAAGAUACCUCGGAUAAAGUGAGUUUCGAACAGAUCGCAGAGUUCGUGAAGCUGACGGUCGGAGUGGCAAUUGAGGUUGGGGAGGUUACAGGUGGAAUAUAAAAUGUAUAGUUCCUAAUAGUUCGUACAAAAUAUUUGGAAGGAGGGAAUUGUUAAAAUAUUUUAAACGGGUUAAAUAAUUAUUGUAUUUUCUGGGCGUUUAUAAUAAAUUAAUUUCCGUUUAAAAGUUUAAAUUACAUUUUAUUUGGAUGAUGUUUUGCCUGUUAAUCUAAGUUGACGUAAAAUAGGCGUUAAUAAAUAAGUGAAUAGCGUAUGUGGAGCUAUUGCUGAAACUUGAAA